AUGACUGUUCUGAUGGAGUCAUUAGAUGUAGACGAAUGUAAUGGUGAUAACCUCUGUUCUGCUAAUGCUGACUGUGACAAUACUGUUGGGAGUUACAUCUGUACCUGUAAAGACGGUUACCAUGGGAACGGAAGCCAAUGUGAAGAUAUAAACGAGUGCGAUGAGGCUCCGUGUGGGUUAAGGGUGUGUCAGAAUUCCGUGGGAUUAUACACAUGUCUGAACCAGUGUGUCAAUGGAUACCGAUUGAACUUUCCUUUCGGAGGGUGUUUGGAUGUAGACGAAUGUAAUGGUGAUAACCUCUGUUCUGCUAAUGCUGACUGUGACAAUAUUGUUGGGAGUUACACCUGUACGUGUAAGGACGGUUACCAUGGGAACGGAAGCCAAUGUGAAGAUAUAAACGAGUGCGAUGAGGAUCCGUGUGGGUUAAGGGUGUGUCAGAAUUCCGUGGGAUCAUACACAUGUCUGAACCAGUGUGUCAGUGGAUUCCGAUUGAAAGAUCUUUUCGUAGGGUGUUUGGAUGUAGACGAAUGUAAUGGUGAUAACCUCUGUUCUGCUAAUGCUGACUGUGACAAUACUGUUGGGAGUUACAUCUGUACGUGUAAGGACGGUUACCAUGGGAACGGAAGCCAAUGUGAAGAUGUAGACGAAUGUAAUGGUGAUAACCUCUGUUCUGCUAAUGCUGACUGUGACAAUACUGUUGGGAGUUACAUCUGUACGUGUAAGGAUGGUUACCAUGGGAACGGAAGCCAAUGUGAAGAUAUAAACGAGUGCGAUGAGGCUCCGUGUGGGUUAAGGGUGUGUCAGAAUUCCGUGGGAUCAUACACAUGUCCGUACCAGUGUGUCAAUGGAUACCGAUUCGACUUUCCUUUCGGAGAGUGUUUGGAUGUAGACGAAUGUACAUCUGAUAACCUCUGUCCUGCUAAUGCUGACUGUGACAAUACUGUUGGGAGUUACAUCUGUACGUGUAAGGAUGGUUACCAUGGGGACGGAGGCCAAUGUGAAGCUUUCUGGAUACCUAUCGUUGCCGCGGUGGGAGGAAUUGCUGUGGGUGUGGUCAUCACGACAGGUUUUCUCUGGAGGAGAAAAAGAUCAACUCCAGGUAAUGAGAUAGUGCGUGAUGUGAUUGCUACUGAACCGCCAAGGGAAGGGUUGCCUGCGUUGAGUAUCAAUGAAGAAAGUGGCUCAUCCGACCCCAACAGAUCAUCGCAAACCGCCAUUCACCAGUAUGAACUGAUCGAAAACGCACGUCCUCAUCAUUUGUAUGUGGACCUUGAAGAAAACAGCACUAUGUAUUCGAGUCCCACGGCUGAUGAUGCAUGUUCAACCACCUAUUUCACACUGAACCGACCUUACGGCAAUGUGAGGCCCAGUUCUGAUGGAUGCCCAAACAGAAGGAAUACGUAUUUGACGCCCAUCCACUCUGAUCCCUCUGAUCUCCGCUCAGCCGAGACAACUCACCAGUGACACUGAGGGUACAGCUCGGAUAAGAAUUUGGCAAAACAAUCAGACUGACAUCUACCUUGUUUUGAAGCGUAAUACACGGGGAUCCGAGGAUGUUGAUAAACAUGCAUAAACAUCCCGUUUUUUUGUAAAACUUUCCGAAUUUAGCUGAAGGGGAUAGACUUUUCACACUUUUAUCGUGCAUACGUUAAAUUUAUUAGGGGCCUACCUUUCCCGCAGUUUAAUCCGCAAUGCUCUAAACGUAAAACUAAUCAAUGUGACUAAUAUCGAAACUCAUAUGAACACUAAUGAAGGAAUUAACAACUCAGGUAUUAACAAUGCUACUGGCACAAGAUAAACCAUUCAUCCAUAUUAUUAAUACUGUUAACUACAUGUAAUACAAAGUAAUAUACAUAAAUAGUAAUAGUCUAGAAAGUUACCUUUAGACAAUGCCGUUCACAGUGUAUGGCGCAUGAUUCAUAUAAAAUGAUAUGGGUCAACAUUAUGCCCAAGAUAAGAACUUUUGGUAUAAUAAGUCUACGGCGUCCAAAUAAAAUUAUUGAAAAACAAUAAAAGUUACAAUUAACUCUCUAUACAUCGCUUAAGUGUAUGAUUAGAAGAACGUCUUGUCUUUAGAACCUCCCCAUAAAUGUCCCUUAUUACACCAAAUUACAAACGAUUUACUCUAAAUGAGAACUACUGGAGAGUUAUCCACUCGGUGCCUUGCAAAGGUCCAGUUUACGUGACUAACAGUUCAGUUUUGAUUAAUAUAACGUUAACAUGGCGUUUGCGUGGCUUACCACUUGAUCCAGAUAUCCUUCACAUUGCUAUGUUGCGAACAUCAGUCAGUUUCUGGUGCACACCGCUGAUUUACGCACCAAAAUGUACUAUUUAACAAAAUAUUAUAUUGUUUUAAUUCUGUGAGGCCGUUUGACCAGUUUGGAAGAUCUGCAGCCACAAUCUGACGGAGGUAGAGUUGUGCGAUUUGCAGAGUUGUUUUUUCCUGGUCUCGCUCUUGAACGGCGAGAAUACCAGAUUUUGUGCCAAACCUUUAAAAGAUCUAGUCAAGAACCGAUAAUUGGUCUGUUUGUCGACGUGCAUGCAGACCGAGUUGCAAUAAAUUUGAGAGAACCAUUGACUGUAAAAACUGGGAGUUGAAUAUACGACGUCACGACUUGAAUGUUUUUGUAUUUGAAUUUUGAUACAACCGACGCAUUUCUGUGUAUUUUGGGUUGAUUUUGGAAUCGGCCGUUGUUUUUUACCAGACUUAAAAUUAUUUUAAAAUAUCAAGUAAUUGAAAACCGUCAUAAACAGGCUUCAAUCUCACCUACUCUGGGCUAUGUGAGAACUGUAUUUCUCUUGAAUAACAUGCUUAUUGACAUGAAAACAUAUACAACUGUCUUGCCGAUAUAGCUAUACUCCUCGAAUUGGUGCUGGGUGCAUGUCUGUCAUUAGUGGCCUACCUUCCAGCGUUUUGUUAGGGCAAUGUUAUUGAGUUUCAGAGAAAGCUAUUUUGCCACUAACCUUUUCAAUUUGUCUAGCAAUGGUUUGAAUAUUAUCAAGAGUAAUUCAUUGUUAUUAAUAGCAAUUAUUGUAAUUAUAUUAUUCUGCAUGUAUAUCUUAAAAAUGUACCAUGCAUUUUAAACAGACUGUGUUCAUUUUUCAGUUUUUACGUAAGGUGCUCUUCACAUUAUAAACUAUAGUAUAGUCCUGAUCGAGACAAAGCAAUCUGUGAACUGUAACUCAUAUGCAGAGCAUUGUGACUGAUACAGAACAUUGUAACUGAUACAGAACAUUGUAACUGAUGCAGAACAUCCUAACUGAUGCAGAACAUUGUAAUCAUAUGCAGUACAUUGUGACUGAUAUAUAACAUUGUAACUGAUGCAGAACAUCGUAACUAAUACAGAACUUCGUAACUGAUGCAGAACAUUGUAACUGAUACAGAACAUAGUAACUGAUGCAGAACGUUGUAAAUGGUGCAGAACAUUGUAACUGAUACAGAACAUUGUAACUGACAAAGUUAUAAUCUAAGUGUACUCAUAGGCUUUUGCGAAGUCAGAGCGUAACUUAAAGAGAUACUUUUUUCAUACUCUUUCUUGCUCCACAACAGAAUAUUGUAUACAAUAGCAAUAUGGUUACAAUGUUUAGCAGAAAGUGUUAUGGUCAACAUUUCACAAAUGUAUGUCUUUUCGACAUCGUUGAAAACGGGUGACUUCUUCUACUUUCCUCUACUUUAAGAUAACCAUAUUUCAUUCAAGUUAUAUAAAUAAGUGUAUUUUUUCUAACAGAAACCUGGUACAGUGCCAUUUGUCAACGUCACCGUGUUUCUAGUCGUCACCACUGGAAUCUAAACCAAUGGGGAGCAGUGUUAAAGGUGAAGGCGCCAUUAAAACGAUGUAAACUUCACAAAAAGGAAUGAGAAGUGUU